UCCGCUAGGGGGUUAACGGCAGAACGCAUUGUAGUACAUUUCCGUUCCCUCCCCUGAUCGAGUUUCUGAUUCCCUUGAACCCUCAAGCCCGUCGCCUGGUCUUGCCGGUUCUAGGGUUUCGCUCCUCCCUACCUCUCCGAUCUCGAUGGCCGCUUCUUGCUCCAAGACACUGAUCUCUCCCUCCGUCGGCGGGGCGCCUCCGCGCUGGAAGAGGACCCCGCCCCUCCGCCGGAUCGACGUCCGCCCCAGGCGUCGGAACGGCGUCGGUCGUCGAUCCCUCUGCAUAUCCUGCGGAAGCUCCGAUCCGGACGUGGAGAACGGCUUAUCCGAAGGUCAUGCCUCAAGGGAAAACGAGCAGUUCGUUGGGUGGUUCCGCCAGGCCUGGCCGUACAUUAGGGGCCACAGAGGAAGCACCUUCGUCGUGGUGAUAUCUGGAGAAAUCGUGGACAGCCGCAACUUGGACAGCAUCCUGCAGGAUAUAUCACUGCUUCAUGGUCUAGGGAUCAAAUUUGUUCUUGUUCCUGGAACCCAUGUCUUGAUAGAUAAGCUUUUGGAUAAGAAAGGAAGCAAGGGGAAGUAUGUUGGGCAGUACCGAAUUACUGAUUCUGAUUCACUGGAGGCAGCAAUGGAAGCUGCUGGGAGAAUUCGUCUUGUAAUUGAAGCGAAGCUUUCGCCGGGACCCCCUAUAUUAAAUCUUCGUCGGCAUGGUGAUCAUAGUCGUUUUCAUGAUCUUGGUGUUGGCGUGGCUAGUGGCAACUUUCUUGCAGCCAAGAGAAGGGGAGUUGUUGAAGGUAUAGACUUUGGAUCAACUGGCGAAGUGAAAAGGAUAGAUGUAUCUAGUAUAAGAGAAAGGCUUGACAGAGAUUGUAUAGUUAUAGUUAGCAACCUUGGCUAUUCAAGUUCAGGAGAAGUCCUAAAUUGCAACACCUAUGAAGUUGCUACUGCCUGUGCUUUAGCCAUUGAGGCAGACAAAUUGAUUUCCAUUGUCGAUGGCCAGAUACUUGAUGAACAUGGACGAUUUAUACGUUUCAUGACUCUCCGAGAUGCUGACUUGUUAAUUAGAAAGAGAGCUAAGCAGAGUGAGACAGCUGCAAACUACGUUAAAUUUGUUGGUGAAGAUAUUAAUUCUUCUGGCUAUCUUCAUUCAAAUAUAAGUGGUACAAUUUCAUGGAAGGAGAAAGACUUCAUUCAAAGUCACAGAGCAACAUUUCAGAAUGGUGUUGGGUUUGAUAAUGGGAAUGGAUGGUCUGGCGAACAAGGAUUUGCUAUUGGUGGCGAAGAACGGCUAAGCAGAUUAAAUGGUUACCACUCAGAAUUGGCUGCAGCAGCAUUUGUUUGCAAGGGUGGAGUUCAGAGAGUUCAUUUAAUUGAUGGAACUCUUGGGGGAGCCUUGCUUCUGGAAUUAUUUACCAGAGAUGGAGUAGGGACUAUGGUGGCUAGUGAUGUCUAUGAGGGAACACGGAUGGCUACAGUGGCAGAUCUUCCUGGUAUAAAGAAGCUUCUCCAACCAAUGGUAGAAUCAGGUGCCUUGAUUCGAAGGACUGAUGAAGAGCUUCUUUGUUCAUUGGAUUCCUUUAUCGUUGUUGAAAGAGAUGGUUCAAUUAUUGCAUGUGCUGCUCUUUUCCCUUUCUUCGAGGAUAAGUGUGGUGAGGUUGCUGCUGUGACUGUGUCUCCAGAGUGCCGAGGUCAUGGACAAGGAGAUAAAUUACUCGAUUACGUAGAGAAGAAAGCAACGUCUCUUGGACUAGAGAGACUUUUCCUGCUGACAACUCGUACUGCAGAUUGGUUCGUGAGGCGUGGCUUUUCCGAGUGUUCCAUCGAGUCCAUUCCGGAGCAGAGAAGGAAAAGAAUCAAUCUUUCGCGUGGAUCGAAGUAUUACAUAAAGAGGCUGUAUCCGGUGCUAGGUGGGGUUUCAGGCAAUAAGCCGGCCCACAGAAUUAUAUAGCUUUACCUGUUUAUUUUGGUCUUCCUUUCUACCAUAUUCAUAAACCUCAGCUUGCGGCGAUAGGUACAUUGGACAAAAUUAGAUGAAGAAUGUUCACGUGAUUGAUUGAUAUAGAGAGAUUGUGAGAUCUUCAUAUUAGGAGAAAUUGUUGUUGAUAAACUUGAUUACUGCAUGAUGAAUCAUUUUUUUAAAUAUCAUUUCAUAAUA